UUUAUUUACAAAUUGUGACGAUAGAAUCAUUAUUAUUUAUUGUUGUUUUAGUCUUAUUUAAAUGUAUAAAUAACAAAAUGGAUUAUAAUAAUUGCUGUAGAACUUGUUUGGGCAAUGGAAAAGAAAUGAAACAUAUUCAUACUGUUAUAUCUAUUGCAGGAGAAGAUGUUCGUCUCACAGAUAUUUUACAAAAAUUUUACAACUACAGGAUAACAGAAGAUGAUAACUUUCCAGAGAACAUCUGUAUAAAUUGUGUAUACCAACUUACUAUAACUUAUUCCUUUAAAAUUCUUAUUGAAUCGAGCGCCAAAACUUUAUCAGAGAAAGCUAAUUACUUUACAGAUUCAAUAAGUGAUAACAAUUAUAACGAUUUAUCGGAAGAUGACCAGGAAUCCGAAUCACAGCUAAACCAAAAUACUCAAAAAAUAUCUAAUAAGAAUGUACCAAAUGAAUGCAAUAAAAUCAUAGAAGAAGCCAUAGAAAUAUAUUGCGUGGAAUGUAAAGCUAAGUUUACAUCAACACAAUUACUGAAUAGUCACUGUUUGAACACCCAUCAAGUUAAAAAUACAGUUGGUAGAAGUUGUGAAUAUUGUAGUGAAAAGUUCGAGGAUUUCCGUUCAUUGAUCAUGCAUAGAAAACUUCACUUACGUCCAUUUAUAUGUGAGAACUGUUGGGCAGGUUUUUACUCAUCUGAGGAUCUACAGAAGCAUCAGUGCCAACCAAACCCAAAUAAAGCUAAAGAUAAGCACAACAAGGAGAAAGUGUUGCGGCAAUGCGAUCAGUGUGGAAAGUCUUACCCACCAGGCUAUAUAAGAAUCCACAUGCUCACACAUAGCAAUAAUAGAGCCUACAGCUGUAAGUAUUGCCCCAAGAAGUUCAAAGUCCCAGGUAGCCUGAAUUCUCACAUUCUAUGGAAUCAUAAAAGAACUAGAAAUCACAGAUGUGAAGUUUGCAAUGCAACCUUCAUAUCGUCCAGUUCACGUAGCUCGCACAUACGAAAGAAUCAUUUAAAGGAAACAAAGUAUGCUUGUGAAAGUUGUGGUAAGAGAUUUUUCUCGAAAUCUGAGUUGCAACGGCACUCCUUAACACAUACUGGUGUUAAGAACUUCCAUUGUCAUUUGUGUGAUAAAUCAUAUCAAACUAGAUAUGGCCUGAAUGUGCAUUUGAAAUCUCACUCCCAAACACAAUCUGGUGUGAUGCUAAAUUUAUAAUUUGCACUUGCAAAUUAGUUAUAU